UGUGUGUAAUAACCAAUAUGACAAAAUAAGUUGGUGCUGCACCCAGUUAGACGUUUGUACGCUCGCGGUGAAACAUUACUGUAUUGUCAGUCCCUGCCGAGUACAUCACAAACUAUAUGCUUUUGUAGGCGUGCUUGUUCUGUUUUGAUGAUGGCAGCUACGAACUUAGAGCAAAGAAAACAAACCUGCAAAUAUACACGUGUAUCAAUGAAGAUGUCUUUAACACAUACAUCACCCCAAAAAACGGAGGAACCGAAAGGCUGUGGGGAGAUUCUACACUCAAAAUAUCAGUUGCCUCCCCCUCCUGAACUUACAGUAAAGGGCGAUUCUUUGACAGUGUCUUCACAAGAUCAGGAGUUUGAAUGCACAGAGAAAACUCAAGUUGAUAAAGCAGUGCGAUUUUGGAACAACCUAAUUCAUAAUGCGAAUGUGGACUUUGCAUUUAAAAAGUUGUAUGCUUUUUUAAACGCUCUCAAUCAAUGCAUCAAGGAUGGAUCUGCAACAGAUCAAGAGUAUGUGAAGGCCAUGAACCUCAUGCUUGAAGCUGACAUUAUAACUGGUUUAAAUAGUGAAGAAAAUGCUGUUACAAAAACGGAGGCUGACAAAGAGAUCGGUGCUGAAAAUGCAUUGCCUAAUGAAACAACAGAAGAGCCUAUGUUAGAAGAGGGCCUUGUUGGAAUUAAGGAAAAUGAGCCUCCCGGCACAGUCACAACUCCCUCGGAGGAUCCUAAAGCUCCACGCUUUCCGUCGGGCAUUUCUUUCCAACCCCAUGCUUGCAGUCGGACGUGCCUCCCAGUCAGGCCGGAGACGGCAGAGCAGUUCAGAGGUCAGAACCCCCUGAAAAUCCCCCUCCUCUGCCACUUUCAGAGAGCACACGCCAAGGCCGACUGGAGGAGCUCCCAGAAUAUGUCUCUGAAUGUCUUCUACAAGGCCCCGUGCGGCAGGAGCCUACGUGAUUUUCAAGAGCUUUGUCAGUAUGUGCUCGAAACGGAGUGCGACUUCCUGCCUCUCGAGUACUUCUCGUUCAACACGUACGUGCAAGUCUACAGGAGUCCUGCUUUAACGCAGCCCCUUGCUUUUGAGCAGGACCUGAGUAGAGGUGAGGAGCUGGUGGCUGUUGAGUUCCGUAACGAUGUGGAUGAGACCAAGCCGGACACGUUCAGGUACAGGAAGGACAGGUGGCCCCACGGGUGUUUUAUAAACGGCUCAGACAGCUUGUUUGCGGACUGUUGCGAUUGUACAGACGGAUGUGUGGACGAGACAAAAUGUGCCUGCCUGAAACUAACUGCGAAAGCCAGUGUCUUGAAGCGCAAGAAGAGUAAAAGAAGUGGCCCACCAUCAUAUAAAUACAAAAGGCUAUUGAAGCCAGUGCCUUCUGGGAUUUACGAGUGCAGCGCGUGGUGCAAAUGCGACUUAAAAUUGUGCCAAAACCGAGUGGUACAGCAUGGCCUUCGAGUCCGACUCCAGGUGUUUAAAACGGAGGAGACCGGCUGGGGAGUUCGCUGUCUGGAUGACAUUGAUGAAGGGACAUUUGUAUGCACAUAUGCAGGUAAAAUUUUAAUAGAGGGUACAGAAGAUGGAUUCAAAACUAAUGGUGCAGAGCUGGAGGCUGGCCAUGGGGAUGCAGAUCCAGCAGGAGAGGCAACAAAGAGAAAACGAGAAGCAGCAUCUUCAGACGAUGACAUCGAGGUGAUUGAAGAGACACAAGAGGCUCGGGAAUGCAGUGUGCUUGAGGAUCUCACAGCUCCCCAGCAAUCCACUGACAGCAACAAGGACUCGGAAAAAGAUACUACGGGGAUAAAUUGUGGAAAUAUGUCGCCACGCGUCUCUGUGAUAAAGAGACCCCAAAGCAGGACGGCAGUGCUCCAGGCCAGGCUGGAAAAGCUGAGGGAGGAGGGUGCAAUCAAAUGCCAUCCCAGCAGUUCCGAGGAUGAAGAAGAUGACAAAGUGCAUUUCUCUCCCAGAACCAAAAUUCAUAAAAAAAAUGGUCCAUUGAAAUCAAAUUCACCCAAGACCAGAAGUAGAUCGGGUCUUGUAGCAGAGGCCGUGGCAGACCCGGAUGUAGUCCAGCCAGUCGUGGAAUCGGCUGCCAGCAGACAAAAUGUAACAAACCACUCUGUCCAUGCAAGAAAAGAAGAUUUAAAAUCCCUAGCUGAAGAGAGGUGCGAAGCUGAAUUAGAAGAAAGUGCAGCGAGCCACCAGAAGUCAAUAGAUCAUGACCCAGAGUAUCAUUAUUACUUGGAUGCAACAGAGGAGGGAAAUGUAGCCCGUUUUCUUAAUCACAGCUGUUAUCCAAAUCUCUUUGUGCAGAAUGUAUUUGUUGACUCGCACAACAGGAAUUUUCCCUUGGUGACGUUCUUCACAAACAGGCAUGUAAAGUCAGGUACAGAGCUAACCUGGAAUUAUAAGUACAAGGCUGGAAGCACACCUGAGAAGGAAAUUGAAUGCCAAUGCGAAAAAGAGACAUGCAAGACCAAACUGCUUUGAUAUAAACCACAACAUUUACUUUUGACAUUAAGUGACAGUACACUUGUCUGAAGUGUAAGAAAAUAACUGAAAUGAUGCCCACCGAAGAACCUGAACCUAAUGCAAUAAGAGUUAUUGAAUAUUUGGUGUCCCUUAUUUAUUGUGUGGUCAAGGUACUGUAUUUGUCUUUUUGUUUUCUUUUGGUAUAGCCUUACCAGAUUCAAUACUACUGUACUUAAGUUAUUGAAGUCUUUUUUUCAUCUUGAUUAAAAGCCAUCAACAGUUAAAUUGCAAGGGGGCAAACAAUUAUAAAGCUUAUUAAUAUGAUUAGUUUUUCAUAAAUUGACAUUAAAAAUGUUGCUGCCAUGGCAGUAAGUGCCUGGUGUUUCACGAAUUGACAUAAGCUUAAAGAAAAUAAUAUUGAUUGCUGAGGACAGCAAAAGUUUUUUUACUCCCUUUGUAUAUGUUGCAAUUUCAGUUUUGGAAACAAUGCUGUCAAAUCUCAAUUGCAGCAAAUAAGUAUAAUAUUACAAACUACGUUAUAGUAAAGAUAUGCUUUAUACAUUUAUACUGUAAGUAGAGUGCAUGACAGGGGAGACUAUGGAACAAAAUAUAUUAAGGAAUCCUUUUUAUCAGGAGUAUAACAUUUAAUAUAAAUGUGGGAUCCUGCAUCUCGUUAAGACUCGGGAGAAAAUGAUGUUAAAGAAGUCUUGAUUAAUAGCUGCAGAGACUUUUCUUUGUCCCUUUACCCCAAUAUGUCAUUGAUUACAGUCUCUGCACUCAGGGGUAUUUGGCAUGUUUAUUAAAGUCUGCAGCAUAUUCUACUGCCGACUGUCUCUGAGCAAGCCAGAAGAAAGAUAGAAUUUCUGUUAUGAGGGCUGUAAAAAAAAAAUGAUCCUUGGGGUGGGUCGGGGGUAAUUUCUUCCCCUCUGGCUAACUCACUUUUUUACAGGGUAGAAGAUAGAAACAAAAUAAUAGAUGAUGAUUAAGAACACAUAUCAUGGAACGAUCAACAGAUAAAUAUAUAUAUUUAAUGAAAAUUCAGAGGGUAUAUAGUAUGCCUUUAUCUUACCCAAGCACAUGAUUGUUUAACUGGUUUUAAAUAUGGAAGAAGAUAUAUAUAUAUUUGUAUAUGUAUUUUUCUGAACAGGAGGUUGGUGAAGUGCACAGAUUGUCAGUAUUUGGAUCAGCAUAGCUGUUGAGCAGCCAUAUGUACUGAAUAUGGUUGUAGGGUAAUUGCCCCUAUUUGCUAAAACAAAUGUAUAUUGCAUAUUUGAGAGUGUGUUUCUAUGUAUAGUAUUUGUAACUCCACAAGUGCCACUAUAUUGGUUUUUGAACUAAUGUCUCAUCUGCAGGGUAUUUCAUGUAUUAAAUGACUGUGCUAUUGUCCGUUUUAUAAAGGGAUGUAAAUAAUAGGUGCUGUUAAUGUUUUGUUUUAGAGGAUAUUUAGCUCUUUAGUUGUUGUGACCUGAUAACAGUUCGAGGGAAGGCCCCGUGUUCCACGUGACCAACAAUCCUCACUUGUAUAAUGUUGGAUUGUCUUUCUUUAUCAAGGACCAUGUGGCUGUUAUAGAUUAAAGCAGUGAGACCCUGGGAUCUUUUCAUCUGGUGGGACAGAUCAACAUACAAGCAGCUGCUAUAUUUGUUGUUCUGUAUUUUGUAACCUGUUUCUUAUGUGUGUUUUGGUUUUAUCUUUUUUUUUUUAUUUUUUUUUUUAACUUUUUUAUAUAUAUAAACUUUUUUGGGGGGGUUUGUUUUACGAUUUCUGGCUCAGUGGUUUGUGUGUCUCCAGUCAAGUAAGUUUUUCAGGAAUAUUGGCCUAAAAUGAGACUUAAGCAACAAAACCCUGAUUGCAGGACAUUGCUGUCUAGUAGAAAAUGGAUCAAAGAGUUCCUUUAACAUGACCUGUCAGUAUGGGCUUGGGAAGGUCAGAGUCCGAGUCAUAGGUGAGGGGACAGUAAAGGACAGACCAAGGUACUGCCAUCUACCCUGAGGUAGUGCCAUGCAAUUGAGCUCCCUGGUUGGUGGUUGAAAGUUCAAAGGCUUCUAAUGAACGCUAGCAGGCCAGGCGGAAACGUGUUUCUCACUGUAAUAAAACACACACAAUUUCAUGUUCUUGUAAUGGAUCUCCUCCUAGCGGCUGAUGAGGUAAUAAUACUGACAUCAGCAUAAGACCUGUACUUCUCUGUCGACUACAGAGGUUGCUCUUUAGUUGAAUGGUAAGACAGUCGUCUUUGAACCGUAACUAAUUUAAUGGCAUCUGGCAGGUAAAAUGGGCAGGUUUACCACUCAAAAGUCUUGGUCAUAACCAUUUGCAUAUUUGAAAAACCAGUAUGCAGUAAAUUCAUAUUUAGCAUUUAUUUCUUUACCUCCCUGACCCCCUUUCAUUACUAAGUGUAGUGAUCAAAAUAAUCCGUUAACGGUAUGUAUGGGUACUGCAUUAAAAACCAUUCUGUCCAACCCACAGCAAUUUACUGCUGUAAUUGGAUUAUACUGUGUGUAAAUGCGCUGUUUCUCUCAAAAGUAAUUUAACAAAAAAUGACAAUGUAUAUAUAAAUUGUUUUAUAUUCGCAUUGGAAAAAUACAGUUUAAACUUAUACAAUGUUUCUAAAACAAAUAAACUUUAGUUUUCCCCCAUUG